AUGAGGCUAGAAUACCAAGUAGAGCUUCCAGAUCAUGAUUGGGUUGUUGCUGAAAAGCAUAAACUGAUUCCUUCAGUUUAUGCAAUAUUAAAUAUACAAGAAGGUAGAUAUAGACAUACUAACACAGUAACAUAUUCAGACCCAAUAUUUAUAAGAGUUUGUAGUGGUAAACAUGAUAGCAGUACCACUUACUCUCAUAGUAAAGAUUUUGAUAACUUGAUGAAUGAGAGGAAAUUGCACAACUACACUAUAACAAUAGAUGAACAAUCUAAGCCUGUAGUUGUGCUACUAACCGAUAGUGGUCGUGAUGAAAACCCUCAAUAUAAAAAGAUAGUUCAGAUGAUGAUUGAGCAUUUUGAUAAAUACGAUCUUGAUACUAUUAUUGUGGCAUGCUUUGCACUACACCAGAGUGUAUCUAAUCUAGUUAAAAGACGAAUAGCACCUCUAAGUCAUGAUUUGGCUGAUGCACAGUUGAGAACAAAUGAUGAGGAGUUAGAAAAACGUAACUUUAAAGCAGCUAGAAAUAUUUUAGUAUUGAUAUGGGAAGAUACG